AUGGGUCCAGAAAGUCUUCACGUUGCUACCUUGCCUGUCUGUUAUGAUUCGCUGCAACAUACUGCUGUGUAUUGCAUAGCUAAUACACGACUAACGGAGAUGGUUGAGUCUUUGAAAAUGUACGAUCCUGACCUCGAUCAAUGGACUCCAAUCGCCCCGAUGCGAUUCCGACGAAUUGGCCUUGGCGUUGCUGUAUUAAAUCGGUAA